UGCGCGCAGCAGGGAAGGCGUAGCCCAGAAGCAGUGGCCUCGGCUCCAAAGCGGGCCGCGUAACGUGCCGACCCAGAAAUCUCUUCCGGGGGUCCAGACUUCUCCCUUACCAAUGGACCUGGUUGGUUUUGGUUAUGCAGCUCUUGUGACAAUUGGAAGUAUUUUGGGAUACAAGCGGAGAGGUGGUGCUCCGUCUUUGAUUGCUGGCCUUUUUGUUGGAAUUUUGGCUGGCUAUGGUGCUUACCGUGUCUCCAAUGACAAACGAGAUGUGAAAGUGUCGCUAUUUACAGCUUUCUUCCUGGCCACUAUCAUGGGUGUGAGAUUUAAGAGAACCAAGAAAAUAAUGCCUGCUGGGCUGCUGGCAGGUUUAAGCCUCGCGAUGAUCCUGAGACUCAUCUUGUUGCUGCUGUGAGCACCCUGAGGAGCUGAAAAUUAAAUUCGUGUCCUUCUACUGCAAGGAGCAGAAUGUAUUCUUUGUAUAUAUGUAAAUUUCAGCAUGUUAAGUGUUAUUUUAUAUCAGCAGCAGAAGUAGCACCUCUAAAAUAGACAUCAGUUUGAGGUGGUGUUUUUUUUUUUUUUCAGCAAGCUGUUUUGUAAUUACCAGGCACUAUUUUCAUUAAAGGUAUUUAAUG